AAGACACUCCCGCCUUCUCCGCACCUCCAAUCCUGAAAUCUACCCGCCAUGGACGCAUCAACCGCCGGCGCCGUCUCCAAGGCGAAGAAGUACGUGGUGGGGCGCAAGCUCGGCGGCGGCCCCAGGAAGAAGGCGGUGGCGCGGUCCGUCAAGGCCGGGCUGCAGUUCCCUGUCAGCCGCAUCGCCCGCUUCCUCAAGAAGGGCCGCUACGCGCAGCGCGUCGGCAUGGGCGCCCCCGUCUACCUCGCCUCCGUCCUCGAGUACCUCGCCGCCGAGCUUCUUGAGCUGGCCGGGAACGCCGCCAAGGACAACAAGAAGUCCCGCAUCAUCCCGCGCCACCUGCUGCUUGCAGUCCGGAACGACGAGGAGCUCGGCAAGCUGCUCGCCGGCGUCACCAUAGCGCAUGGCGGCGUGCUGCCCAACAUCAACACCGUGCUGCUCCCCAAGAAGACGGCCGAGAAGGAGCCCAAGUCGCCCAAGAAGGCCGCCAAGUCCCCCAAGAAGGCAUAGCCGAUUACUUUCUAGUGCUUCCUAAUUGAAUAAGUGGUUGCUGUUUGGGUAAUCGUGUAGAUGUAGUAAUGCUCUGUUCUGCUUUUGGGAAAAAAAAAGUCUGUUCAUGAUUUACAGUAAAUUCAUUCUCUGUUUUCUGUC